UGCAGACUCAUCCGAGCGUAUCAUUGCUCCCAUGCGAUGGGGCUUGGUCCCGUCUUGGUUCAAAGAAGAUGACCCUUCCAAGCUGCAGUUCAACACCACCAACUGUCGCAGCGAUACCAUUAUGGAGAAACAGUCGUUCAAGGUGCCCCUGGGAAAGGGGCGGCGCUGUGUCGUCCUAGCAGAUGGAUUCUACGAGUGGCAGAGAUGCGAGGGAACAAACCAGAAGCAGCCGUACUUCAUCUAUUUCCCCCAAAUCAAAACAGAGAAGUCCGGCGGCGUUGGCGCCGCAGACAGUCCUGAGAACCAGGAGAAAGUCUGGGACAACUGGAGGCUGCUGACCAUGGCCGGGAUCUUUGACUGCUGGGAGCCCCCGGCGGGAGGCGACGUCCUGUAUUCGUACACCAUCAUCACAGUGGACGCCUGCGAACGCUUGAGGGACAUCCACCACCGGAUGCCCGCCAUCUUGGACGGGGAGGAGGCCGUGUCUAAGUGGCUGGACUUCGGCGACGUCUCCGCUCAGGAAGCCAUGAAGUUCAUUCGGCCCACAGAGAACAUCGCCUUCCAUCCGGUUUCUCCCGUGGUGAACAACUCGAGAAACAACACUCCCGAGUGUCUGGCCCCUGUCGACCUGGCGGCCAAAAAGGAGCUCAAGCCGAGUGGCAGCAGCCAGAAGAUGCUGCAGUGGCUGGCCACCGAGUCACCCAAAAAGGAAGCUCCAAAAACCCCCGAGAGGGACGAGUCAGGCGCGCUGCAGUGGUCCAGCCAGUUCUUGCAGAAGAGCCCGUUCCGGCCCAGGAGAGGCGAGGCGGGGCUCCUGAGACGGUGGCUGUUGCGGGAAGACGACGAGGAGGAGGAGGAGGAGGAGGAGGAGCCUGCGGCCAAGCGGCCUCACAGCCAGUGACACGCACGCACGGGACUUUCAGAGACCGGGGGCGGCGUCGCCUGCAGCCCCUGCUCUUGCCGACGACAGCUUCUUGCAUCGUAUGUGUGUGUCUGGUUUAGGAAGAGUUGGCACAGUUCUCGUUGACAGUUGUGCGCUCGCGGGGAAGUGGCCACCGCGGCCGUGACUCGGAGCCCCCAGUGGGGUGCUGGGGGGGGCAGCCUUGGAAGAACAGGUGGCCGCUGCCACUGCUGGCUGAGCACAGCCAAUGGGGCCACUGUGCCCGCGCCGUUUCCCCGUGGGGCCUUCUCUGCAGCCCGGCUGACCGGCCGGGAGCUCUCAGCCCUGAACGGGCAGCCGAUGGGCGCUUUCUGUGUGUUAGAAGUUAGAUGUUCUUGAAACGUAUUUUUU